AUGGCGACCGCAAUCUCCAAACCGACGCCCUAUGCCCAGAAGAUGAAGCGACCGCCCCCGCCUUUCGGCCAGGCCGCGGUCAACGGAGUCAAGGGCCACCACCUCUCAUCCUCACCUACAUCUGCUGCAAAACGCCCCCCGGCGAGUGCUGCGAUCAACGCAGGCUCCCACCUCACCAACGGCGCAGGUCAUGUGCCCAACUCCACAAACAAAGGACCUUUAAACCGGACCAGGAACCAGGCGCAACGGUCCAUUGAUCAAUCCUCGCGUUCUGGCCGGCCAGUAACGAGGACAGCGGCCUCUGACAAUGCACACCGAGCUGGGAAAAAGGCGCCCGAGCCUUAUGGUAAGCAUUUCCGGGGAGCCCCCAAGCCGCAAUGCGCUUUGGCUGACUUUGCUUGUUUUUCGCGCGCUACAACAGUGAAAACAACAUCUUACAUCCUUAAAAAAUACGCCAAAUGCCCUCCAUCGCUUACUGUGCACUUACACCCAACGCACUUUCGAUUUGAGCAACAAGAUGGGAGCUUCCCUUAUAACUCUGAGAUGAAAGUUAUCAUUGAACACAUUCGCGCCGGAACGGUACCUCACGAUCUUAUCGAGGAGCUUUUGCGAGGCGGUGUGCCUUUUUAUGAAGAUUGUCUCAUUGUUCGUGUCGUCGACCACAAGUCUGCGUCAGCGCAAGCAAGAAAGACAUCUGCGGCGUCUUCCAAUGAGAACAACACACCAUUUUCUCUUCACAAUUACAACGAGCAUGUCACGCCAUCACCCUACGUUCCAUACCCAAAGCAAAACCACCUUACAUCGGCAACACAAGGGGCGAAGACUGAAGGUGCCUCGAGCACUAACCAGUCUUCAAAUGCCUCGGCGCCUAGUGAGCAGCCUGAAGGCCAGGACAACUCUACGUCCCAAAAGAACAAUGCCACCCUCAAGCCUCGAGUCUUCACCACGGUGCUCCACCCCACUGCGCGGAGUUUGCAAGCGGAGUUGACAUUAUUGCUUACCACCCCCAAAGAAAUUCCGAGUCAAGCAAACCCUGCAUCUGGGACUUCUGGUUCCCAGGCAGACCGUGUACACGUGGCAAAGAGGCAAAAGAUGAUGGUUGAGCCGGAACAACGUUUGGACUGUGAAUCGAAAAUCAUUCAUGCCUUGGCCCCUCCUCUGUUCUUGGACCCAGUUCACACUUUCCAGGCUGCCCAAGAGCUCAUGAAACAUUUGGAAAAUCCACUCCAUUGCAACCCGCCACCUUCACCGAAGCGCCGAAAGAGAACCGUCGCCGAACUUGCCGCAGACGAAGCCUUGGCCGCAGAGGAGGAGAGAUUCAUGCUCAUCAUGGACGAGCGUUUGGAGCCCACUGCAUCAGGCCCUGGUGGUGCCGCCAAAGCUGCGGCCGUGGACGAUACAGGCGGCGUGGUGCCAUUUGAGCCUCGCUUCUCUCGAUUCAAGACCCUUGAAACCAUUCGCAUGCAGCUUGAGGACAAGGCUAAGCGUGAACACGAAUCGAAGCUCAAGCAAGAAAUGGUCAAGCGACAGCAGCAGGAGCAAGAUAGAGAGCGACGCCGCGCAAUUGAACAGCGACAGGCCGAAGACCACGCCAAAGAGGAAACAAGAAGACAGCAAAUUGCCGCUCAACAAGCGCAGGCUCAACUUGCAGCGCAGCAGCAGAGCCGUCACCCUAUGGCUCAGCCGAAUGGUGUCAGCCAAGGACAGCAGUCCUCGCCUGUUGUACGUAACCAGACCCCACAUACAGCGUCAUCACCACUGGUUGGUAACCCCAUGCCUAUGCAGGCGGUUCCAAUGUCCAUGACUGCAUCUGGAUCUGGCAGUCCUCCACGACCCCCCUCCGCCCUUCAGCAUGCGCACCCUAAUGUCAUGAGCCACCCAAUGGCGCCCUCGAGAAGCCAACAAGGACCAAGUCGACAUGGCACUCCACAGAUGACCCAAGGCACACCGGCCAUGUCACAUGCUACGCCGAUUUUGCGGAAUGUUACACCUACCCAGCGUAUGGGACAUGGCAGCCCCAACAACCCCAUGGGCCAGACGCCUGUCAUGAAUCAAGGAAUGGGUAACGGCGCUCCGAUGAAUGGCAUGCAAUUUACUCCUCAGCAACAGAUGAUGCUGCAGCAACAUCGACAGCAACAGAUCCUUGCGGCACAGCAAGGCCAUAUGCAGCCUAAUCAUUUCACACCACAACAAAUUGCCCAAUUACAGGCCAAUGCACACGCUCAGCAAAAUAUCCAAAACCAUCAACAGCAGCAGCAACAACUUCUCCAAGCUCAGCAGCAACAGGGCAACCAUCCUGUUCAAAAGGUUCCCCAGCACGGCCAACAGGCUUAUCAGGCUCAGCUCAUGCGUGCUCAAUAUGCUCAAAUGCAAAUCGUCAAGCAGCAGCAAGGCGGGCAAAACCAGCAAAUGCAGGGCCAGCAGAACCAGCAACACCAAAACACCCAACAGCUGACGCCACAACAGCAGCAGCAGAUGCUCAUGGCUGCUGCCCAGGCAAACGGGGCUCAGAUGGGCCAGAACGGGCAAAAUAUGAACCCUGCACAAAGAUAUACACAAUUAUAUCAACAGAGAUUGCUCCGCAUGCGACACGAAAUGUCCCAACGAUAUAUGGCUCAGUACGGCCCACCCAACCAGUACCCGCCAAGCAUCGCGCAACAAUAUGGUCCCGGUCUGGAAAAGACCGCCAAAGCGUGGGUUCACGAGGUCAUGCGUCGCGAGCGAGAAAAUGGCCAGCAGCAUCAGCAGCAGCGUGCUUUGCAGGCCCAGCAAAUGCAAGCACAGGGCUCGAUGCACAGCAUGGGUGGAAUGAACAACUGA